UGGAUGCUCGUCGCCGACCACAACGGGAUCCCACCGACAACUGCUCGCCGCAUCUUUGAGAGCGGUCGGAUCAAAGCCACCCACGAGGCGUACUUAGACGACAACUAUACCUACACGCUCGCGGCCAUGGUGGACAUGGUGAUGUUCGACAUCGGCGUCGACCUGAGCCAAGCGACAAGCAGAGAUGGAAGUUGUAUGCACUGA